GGAAGAAAGCUGAGCUCGGGUGGCCAUCAUGGGGCUCCCCCAGAGGCAGCCUGGCCCAUCGGUCCUGCUCCUCCUCAUGGGGGCACUGGUCUGGCCCCCAUCCUGUAUGAGCCUGGGUGAGUGGGGGUCCUGGAUGAACUCACCCGGCUGGACCCAAGGGGCUGGGACACCCGCUGGGGUGAUUGGAUCCUGGGAGCCCCCCCUCCCAACGGGGGAGCGGGGAGCAGGUCCCAGGACCCUCAUGCCUAUCUCCGUGGCCACAGAGCUGAUCCCCUACACGCCGCAGAUAACAGCCUGGGACCUGGAAGGAAAGGUCACAGCCACCACGUUCUCCCUGGAACAGCCUCGCUGUGUCCUGGACGGGCAUGCCAGCGUUGCCAACACCAUCUGGCUGGUGGUAGCCUUCAGCAAUGCCUCCAGGGACUUCCAGAACCCGCAGACACGAGCUGAGAUCCCAGCCUUCCCACGGCUGCUGACUGAUGGCCACUAUAUGACGCUGCCCCUAUCCCUGGACCAGCUGCCCUGUGAGGACCCCAAGGGUGGCAGCAGGGACGUCCCCCUGCUGCGGGUUGGCAGUGACCCCGGCUGCCUUGCUGACCUCCACCAGCCGCCCUACUGCAACAGUCCCCUCCCCAGCCCUGGACCUUACAGGGAAGUCGCCAGCCUCCAUCGACACGUGGCCAGGGCGGCGCAGUAGUGACAUGAUCAUCAUCACUUCCAUCCUCUGCUCUCUGGCCGGCCUCCUGCUCUUGGCCUUCCUGGCAGCGUCCACUGCGCGCCUCUCCAGCCUGUGGUGGCCCGAGGAGGCCCUGGAGCAGCUGCGGAUUGGCUCCUUCAUGGGGAAGCGCUACAUGACCCACCACAUCCCACCCAGCGAGGCCCCCACCCUGCCCGUGGGCUGUGAGCCUGGCCUGGACCCCCUCCCCAGCCUCAGCCCCUAGCCUGGCCCACGUGGCUGGGGCGUGGCCACAGGGAGUGGGGGGCAAGGACCUGGGGCUCAUUCCCAGCCCCUGCGCCCACACACCCCUCCCGCAUCGCACUUCCCCACCCUGCCCUCAGUCCCACUGAUAGAGGAAAGAUGUCAGUGUUCGUAGCCCACUGCUGAGAAGGAACUCUUGAGACGUCUUUGGUGCAAAAAGGUGGUUUUAUUAAAGCACGG